AUGUGCUUAGCAUUGGUAUUCGCUGUCCAAAAGUUGCAACAUUAUCUUCUGACACAUUCGGUGCAACUGAUAUCCUAUGCCGAACCGAUCAAGUAUCUCAUGAGUCGGCCCAUCCUAUCAGGAUGCUUGGCUAAGUGGGCCCUACUCCUUAUAGAGUUUGACAUCAUGAAUGUUCCACAAAAGGCUAUCAAGGGGCAAGCCCUAGCCGACUUCUUGGUUGCUCAUCCUUUACCUAAAGGUUCACCUUUGAAUGAGGAUCUACUUGAUGACAAGUUCAUGUUGGCAAAUGAACCAGCCCAAUGGCAAAUGUUCUUCGACGGAGCUUUCCAAGCGUCAGGACCUGGCGCGAGCACAUUGUUUGUGACACUCGUUAAAGGAUUUUUGUCGUAUGUCUUCUCCUUGAACGAGAAAUAUUCGAACAAUGAAGCUGAGAAUAAAGCGUUAAUUAUUGGCUUAGAUGUGACACUAGAGUUGAACCUUGGACACCUCAAUAUCUUCGGCAAUUCUCAGUUAAUCAUUCGACAACUAAAAGGGAUAUACAAGAUUCACAAUGAUGAACUCAAGCCGUACAAUAGUACAACAAGAUACCUCCUCGGGAAAAUGAAUGAAGUCACCUUGACUCACAUACCCCAUGAAUUGAACAUCCAGGCUGACGCAUUGGCUACACUAGGGGCCACUAUGAAUUCUGUUGUUAAAAAUGCUCAGUGUAGGAUUUAUGUUAUUGUGAAUGUUUACUGCAGGACUUCUGUUAUCGUGAAUGUUUACUGUAGGACUUAUGUUGUUGUGAAUGCUUACUGCAGGACUUUUGUUGUUGUAAAUGCUUGA